GGUUUAAUUCCAGAGGCCCCUGUUGUUAAGAAGUUGAUAUUAAUUCGUGGAUUGCCAGGCAGUGGGAAAUCAACAUUAGCUAGGCAAUUGGUUGGAGUGAAUGGUGUUAUUUGUUCAACUGAUGAUUUCUUUAUUGAAAAUGGAAGAUAUAUAUUUGAUGUAACUAAAUUGUCCAUCAAUCAUGAACUGAAUCAAGCUAAAGCUGCUCAAGCUAUGAGAGAGGGUAAGACCCCAGUAAUUAUUGAUAAUACCAACACCACUGCCUGGGAAAUGAAGCCAUAUGUAAUCAAGGCAUUGGAGUUAAAGUAUGUGGUUGAGUUUAUGGAGCCUGACACAAGCUGGAAGUUUAAUGUGGAUCAGCUAGAGAGACACAACACUCAUGGUGUAGCUAGAGAGAGUCUAGAGAGAAUGUUGGAGAGAUACCAACACAAUGUCACCGCUGAUACUGUACUGGCAUCUGAUAGAGUCACACCCUCUCGACCUAACUUUGAUAGAUACCAUGGCAACAGUUACCAUGGUCCUAGUUACCGAGGCAAUAGUUACCAAGGCAGCAGUUACUAUGGUAAUAGGUACGGUGGGGGUGUUUCCAGUCCUCCCAGAACUCAUACUGGUUUGACUUCAAGGAGCCCUACCAGCCCUCGGACUCAUUCCCAUACUAGCCCUCAGACUCAUACUGAUAGGACUCGUUCUCAUACUGAUACUUCUAAGACUCAUACUAGUAGGACUCAUUCCCAUACUGCUACUUCUCAGCCUUAUACUCAUUCCCAUACUGCUACUUCUCAGCCUUAUACUCAUUCCCAUACUGCUACUUCUCAGCCUCAUACCAAUAGGACCCAUUCUCAUACCACUCAGACUCAUACCAGAUGGGCAGAGCCCGAUUCCCCUAGACUGGAUCAAGAGAGAUCAAAGGAUGUGCUGGACUUCAGCCCUCCCUUUAGCCCUCCCUCUGAUGGGAGGAGUCUAACUAUUACUGGAGCUGAUAUCAACAGUAGCACAAUGACUACUAGAGACAAAAGUACUGCGAGUGCUAGUCUCUCAGUUCAAGAUGAUGACAGUUCAAUCCUAACAGCUGCUCCUCUCAUUAGCUCUACUACUGCUACUAAACCAUCUUCUAAAAUUGACGACCUGUUCAAAUUGGAAAUGGACAACCUGUUAAAAUUGAAGGUAUCGUCGGAAGGCGGAGUCCAAGAGGAGGAGGAGACAGGCUGGUAUUAUGAUAGGAAGCCGUCUAAUUAUGGGAUAAGUGACACACCCAGUAAUUAUGGGAUACGUGACACUCCCACUAAUUAUGGGAUACAUAGUACGCCCACUAAGUAUGGGAUACGUGACACACCUACUAAUUAUGAGAUAAGCGACAUGUCCACUUUUAGUGUUAGUGAGACACGCCCUUCUCCUUUGAAGUCUUUUAAUGACACACCCACUUCAAGCAAGAACGAGCGAGUGGGUGGAGCAACUUCAUUAGAGGUAGGCAUGGCUCUUGACCCAUCACCUGAUGUAAGUAACACCUCAUCUAAUAAGGACUCCAGUAAUACUGAUAGCAGCAUGAGUGAGACUGGGGGCAUGGCCACUGAAGGAGGCGGGAUUAGCAAAAUGGGUGUGUCAGUAGGUGGGGCUAGUGCUGUGGGCAUGUCAGGAGGCAAGGCCAGUCCUUUAACUAGUGAAACGAAAGAAGGUGACUUACAAUUUCUUCAGAGUUGUUUCCCUGAUACCCUACCCUCAGUCUUGAAUGCGUUAUAUGAAAAAUCCAACAAUAACCUCUCGACCACUGUAGACCUUGUACUGCACAUACCACAGCCGUCGUACGACCAGUACACACUGGAGCUACUGGACGAAGAAGAGGAUGAGUGGAUGGAGUUCCAUCCCAGCGGAGACACCUCUACCAGCAUCUCUGAACAAGAGGGUACCCCCGUAGAGGGAGAAAUGGAUGAUAUUAUUUUUUAUGAGCCGGAGACGAGAGAAGAAGGAGAGACAAUGGAGGGUGUUGUUGUGGAGACUAGAGAUGGGCCAGAGGAGGCUGAAUAUGAUAUAAUGAAAGAUCUUGGACUUACGAAGGAGGAGUAUGAGAGGGCAUUAGGAGUCCAGCUCAAGAUUGAGAGCGAGAGAGAAAAGAAGAAAGGAAAAGGGAAGAGUAGAGAGAGGGAGGGAGGGGAUCCAAACGCAACUAAAGCUAAGAAAGGAAUUGGUACCAAUAAUACUGGUACUGGAAUCAAACCACCGGAUAUCGAAGGGGCGAAACCUGGAGCCGCUGAACCAGGACCUUCUACUGCUUCUGGCCCAGAGGGAGGGGGAAAAGGAGGAGCCUGGGACGACGCUAACCUGAUGUUACGAUUAACCUCAUCACUAGCUAACCAGCUACAGAACAUGUUUGGAAAGGUACCACCUCAUAUGCUUAAAGAUGGUAUAGUUAAAGAGGAAGAUCUUCUUGUGUUACUGAAUGAAAGUGUAGCUAAAGGAAUUUAUGACAAAUGGAUUGACACAAUUGAAGCCAAAGACAUUGAGUACAGAUUUUCACAAGGAAGAGAAGCUGCCCUAUCCAUUAGUGAUCCCACUCAAGCUUUCUCUCAUAGCUCAAAGAGAAGAGGAAAGAAAGGAAGCAAGGAGAAGGGAACUCCGCUGGAUCUUAGCUCCAGUAGCGGGCCAGUGGUUCAGGGGCAAUGGGGGACAGUGGGGGGUACAUCAGUCGACAUGCAUAGGAUAAUGGACGAGCAAUAUGCAGAGCAAAUGGGGCAACAGGAAGUGGAUAAUUUUGUAGUUCGCAAAAUGAAAGAGAAUUUCCAAGUCAAUAACGAAGUCAAUCAAUUAUACAAACAAUAUCCUCAGUUGUCUCACCAAGUAAUUCACUGGAACUACUACAAAUCGAGGUUCAAUUAUCCAGCAGCAAGGAAUGCCCUCUACUCAAUUGUAGUCCAGAUGAAGCCUAAGACUCCUCCAACUGGUCCCACUUAUAGACCAGGGACUGUGUCAAGGACUGCUACCGGUGGCAGCAACAGGCAACAGGGAGCAACUGAAGAGAAUGAGGAGGAAGAUACUGAUUUAGAUUACAGUGACUUAAGAGCUGAAGCAGCAGUUCAUGCCCAGUUGAGAGCCGAGGCGUUUCAAAAAGCAGCGAAAGCAAGAGGAGAGAAACAAGGAGAACUGGCCAUGCACUACGCACAAGUGGGUCAUAAGCACACUGAGAAGAUGAAUGAUGCUAAUAGAAGAGCAGCUAUGAUGACUUAUCGAAUAAAGAAUAAAGGUAGGGAUAAGAACAAUCUUGAUCUACAUUGUCUUCACGUUCAUGAAGCUUUACAAGUACUGGAGGAACGGCUGAUGGAGCCACACAAAAAAGGCGAUCAGUUGUUCGUUAUCACUGGGCGUGGCGUCCAUAGCAAAGGGCCUCCGAAAGUCAAACCAGCUGUUUGGAAUAGACUGAAGAAAGGAGAAACAAAAUGGAAAUUCCUUGAUAGAGGAGGGAUGAUAGAGAUUAUCUUUUUAAUGGAUAACAAAUGAAAGAAGUUAAUAUUUGCAACAAGUUUUAACACUCAAACAUAUUUCAUGUCUUUUUUUUUCUUGUGUCUUUUUUCCUCUGCCAUAAUUAUCUCAGUAUCAUUUUAUCACUUUGUUGUCCUUCCCUCCCCUUCCUUAUUUCUUAAUAACUACAUAAUACCAGUUCACCUCUCUAUAUUGUCUUUAUGGUCAUAAUUCAUUUUGUUCAGUUGUGUAUGCACCCA